AUGAAUUACCUUCCUGUGAUUUCUAACGGAGCAGAUCUCCUUCUGCUUAUAGCAGUAGGAUAUUUCCUUGUUAAACUGAAAGUUAUUGCCUUCUCUACAAUCGCUGCUACUAACAGAUUCUUAUUAACCAUGUGUUUUCCUUUAUUAAUCUUUCGAUCAGUCGCAAAGUCAAAAUUCGGAAAUAUAAACUUUACACCAAUGGUUAUUGGAGCAUGCAUAGUUAUAGGUAACUACAUUUUAUGCGCAGUAGUUGUAUUUUUCGUUAAAACAAAGAAAUUUUACUAUUAUUUAAGUACAGCACUUCCUGUAUGCUACACAAACUAUCUAAUCAUUGGUCUACCAUUCUUCCACGUGAUUUGGCCAGGUUUGGACGAUUCUAUGGUUACAAUUAUCAAUUUAACAAAUGAUAUCAUCGCUAUCCCUAUUUUCCUCAUUAUGUUGAAUAUAUACCAGGUACAGGAACAUAAUAGAGUACAUCAAGAAAAGCACAAUGGUCAAAUUGAAAAAUUUUCUUUCAAACUUAUCCUAACUAUCAUAAGGAACAUCAUAAUGAAUCCCAUUAUGUUUGGAAACAUCAUAAGUUUCAUUUGGUGCGCUACAGGCUGGGAAAUUCCAACUUAUCUGAUGAGUUUCGCAAAUUUAGCUGCAAAUGGUGUUCUUGGCUUAUGCUUAAUCUGUGUUGGUGGAUUCCUUUCUCAAUUUGCAUUAGUUGCUUGUCCUUGGCCUCAAUUUAUUUUUAUGUUACUAAUGAGACACAUAAGUAUGCCAUUCGUUGGUGCUCUUGCAUGUUAUAUCUUCAAAGUGAAGCCAUUGCUCGCAAGACAAUGCACUCUUGUCGCUUCUUUACCUUCUGCCACGGCAAGUUUCUUACUUUCGCAUAAUGCGAACACAGGACCAGGAGCUUCGUCUACUAUGAUCUUCUUUUCUACUGUUUUUUGUGUCCCCGCUUUGAUCGGAUGGUUAUACGUACUUGAUAAGCUCCAUAUCUUUGUCGAUGAAUAA